UUGAAACAAAACCGUUGCCUGAUCACUGACGAGGGAAGGAAAGUUAGGCAAUGUAGAAUACCUCCACUGCUAAACAUCUUCACGGACCAAGUGUGGCGCUAACAGCAGGGAAGAUCUGGUAGUGGUCAGAAGCGGCGAAGACUGUUGUGGUAAUAGCCUACGUUCUCCUGGCAAAAUGGUUCUGUCAAUGCGGGAAUGUAAUCAGACUGCGAAGUAACAUUUCUAUGACAGACGGCAAUAAUUGACCAGGGGGCUGCCGCGCUUUUCCUGUGGUAACCUGGAUUCUCGAGGCUAUAUGGAGGGGAUGUCGGAAUGGCUUGCACGAGGAGAACCAAGACUUUGGUGUCAACAUGUGUUAUCUUGAGCGGAAUGACCAACAUUGCUUGUCUUCUAUAUGUAGGAUGGGUUACCAAUUACCUCGCGAAUGUGUACAUCAAAGUUCCCGAACCUGUUCCGGAGAAAAAGUUGGAGGAGGACAACAAAGGGGAAACUUUGAGGAUUAUCGAACGACUUGAUCGACUCGAGAAUGUUGUCAACCAGCACAUACAAGAGACGCCUCCAAAGGCAGAUGAGAACACAGCGGCAGAGUCUUUCUCGGACUCAUCGCUGUUCUCCCGCUGGGGUCAGGACCUGAGCCCUGAGACCCGACGCGUUGCACUGAAGAAGUUCCAGUACUACGGAUACAACAGCUACCUCAGUGACCGGCUUGCCCUGGACCGGCCCAUCCCUGACCUGAGGCCUGAUGGGUGCAAAAACAGCUCGUAUCCCCCAAACCUCCCACAGGUUAGCAUCGUGUUUAUUUUUGUAAAUGAGGCGCUGUCCGUCAUCCUGCGCUCCGUUCACUCCGCCAUCCAAAGAACGCCCCCCCACCUCCUCAAAGAGUUCAUACUGGUGGAUGACAACAGCAGCAACGAGGAGCUGAAGGAGAAGCUGCAGGACUUUGUGGAUGAGACCAACAGGCAGCGGCCCGGCUUCAUCAAGGUGGUCCGUCACGCCAAGCAGGAGGGGCUGAUCCGCUCCCGGGUCAGCGGCUGGAGGGCUGCCACUGCCCCCGUGGUGGCUCUGUUCGAUGCCCACGUGGAGUUCAACAUCGGCUGGGCUGAACCUGUUCUGCAGAGAAUUAAGGAGGAUAGAACUCGAAUAAUAUCCCCAUCUUUUGACAACAUCAAAUAUGACACAUUUGAGAUCGAGGAGUACCCCCUGUCUGCACAGGGCUUUGACUGGGAGCUGUGGUGUCGCUACCUGAACCCGCCUAAAUCGUGGUGGAACCAGAAGAACAGCACUGUGCCCAUCAGGAGUCCAGCUCUUAUUGGCUGCUUCGUGGUGGACAGACAGUACUUUGAGGAAAUUGGUCUUCUGGAUGAAGGGAUGGAGGUGUACGGGGGUGAAAAUGUGGAGCUUGGUAUCAGGGUGUGGCAGUGUGGGGGCAGUGUGGAGGUGCUGCCUUGCGCCAGGAUUGCCCACAUUGAGCGUGCUCACAAGCCCUACACUGAGGACCUGACUGCCCACAUGCGCCGCAAUGCCCUGAGGGUGGCCGAGGUUUGGAUGGAUGAGUUCAAGAGUCACGUCUACAUGGCCUGGAACAUUCCGCAGAAAGACUCUGGAAUUGACAUCGGGGAUAUCUCUGAGAGAAAGGCCCUGAGAAGGAGGCUGCAGUGCAAAACAUUCCGCUGGUACCUCGUCAACAUUUACUCUGAGAUGAGGAUGUACAUGGACACCAUCGCCUACGGAGUGCUGAAGAACUCCCUGAAGAGUGACCUGUGUUUGGACCAGGGGCCUGACACUGACAACGUCCCCAUCCUCUACAUAUGUCACGGGAUGACCCCUCAGAAUGUGUACUACACCAGCACUCAGCAGUUACACAUUGGGGUCUUGAGCCCCACCAUCGAUGAUGACGACAACAAGUGCCUGGUGGAUGUGAACAGCAGGCCUCGCCUCAUUGAGUGCAGCUAUGCCAAAGCCAAGCGAAUGAAGCUCUACUGGCUCUUUACUCAGGGAGGUUCCAUCCAGAACAGGAAGUCGAGGCGAUGCCUGGAGCUGGUGGAAAGCGGCAAUAAUGAGUUUGGGUACCAGCUGGCCCUGCAGCAGUGCAGCGGACAGAGCUGGACCGUCACACACCUGCUGGCGGGCGGCGCGCUAUGACCCUGUUAGCACCAGCUUGCUGUGACCUGCCCACCUUCAACACUGCUCCUGAGAGGACUACCAGAGACUCUAUUGCUUUGGCCUUUCACACUCCUUUUGCUGUUUUCAAGGAAAAAGGAGCUAAAGUCACAUCUGCUGUAUGGUGAUACUUUGGGCACUUUGGCAUCUCCCUCUUUCACCUGAAGAAAUAUUAAGAUAAAUGUCAGACAUUUUUACCGUAUUUGUGUCUUCACAAGUCGGCCACUAUUUGUUGAUUUCUAUACGCUGCAGUGUGGGAGGCUGAAACAUCAGAGUAUACAUUUUGCAGUUCCUUGGUUCUGUGUUGACUGGAUCCAGUACAAUCAUUAAUCUCUGAUAUAUACAAUCGUUAGGUCUUUGAUAUAUCUUUGCUACUGUGUAGCAAGAGUUUGCUAAAGCCGCUUUUCCACCGCAUGGUACCGGCUCAACUCGACUUGGCUCUACUCAACUAUACUCGCUUUUGAUACCAGGUACUUAGUUUUCUACUGCAGAUAGUACCCCCGUCAAUGUAGCUGGUCGUCAUAGCGACGCCACAUGAAACUGCCGUGACGUCAUUUUCAACGCGACACACACAGGAACAAUGGAGGAUAUUGAAGGGAUGGUGUUCUUGAUUCUCGGUAUUUGGCUGUUGGUCGCAGCAAGGAGACACAUUUUGUUUCAGAAGAGGCUGGAGGCAGCAAGACAAAAGACUGCUUAAAAAAAACAGUAGAGUUUGGGAAAUCCUACAUCAGAGCUCAGACGACGAGAUGACUCUGGUUGCUCAUUAGCAUAAAAGGCGACGCAAGAGGGUGAGCUAACCUAGUGACAAUUCUCUCUGACCAAUCAGUGGUCUGCAGUGUUUUCACGUCACCUUUUGGUAUCGCCUCAGCUCGCUUGGAACCUCAACGGAGGUGAUACCAAACAAGCAUGUAACCGUCCAGACCCACGGCGCAACU